GUGAUGUUUCUUUGUCUUGCUGUGACAAGGUACUCACCACAUCCUGGUUCUGUCAUCACAACACGCCACAUUCACAGAGUUGAACCUAUUUCCUGUACAUCUCUCUGACACACACACACACACACCUUUUCUCUACAUACUCUCUCACACACACAUUCUCUCUCUACACACACUUUCUCCAUCUCACUCUCUCUACGUACACACUUCCUGUCUGCUAAAUAACAGUGUCAAGAAUAUCAUCUAUCAUGGUGGGCUACUGUCCCAUCUGUGGGAAACCCGUCUACUUUGGUGAGAAGAAGAGGUCAUUGGGGCGGGACUACCACCCUCUGUGUCUGAAGUGUCAACAGUGUCAGAGACAGUUGACCCCAGGACAACAUGCUGAGCAUGAUGAGAAACCCUACUGCACGAACUGUUACAUGAAGACGUUUGGUCCCAGAGCAGGUAACAGGAGACUGAUGUCAAACUGUCACAGCUCAGCCUCCUCCUCUUCCCAGGAACCAGUCUAACUGACCACAACGUUGUGUUCAAUGGAGACGACGGUUGUUCUUCAAUAAAACAGAAGCUUCUACAGUCGUCUGGUUGAAGUGUGUUAAAUACAGAGUCCCUUUAGGCACCAACACACAUCCUACACUACACAUGUACUGGAGUACACAGGCACACAUCCUACACUACACAUGUACUGGAGUACACAGACACACAUCCUACACUACACAUGUACUGGAGUACACAGACACACAUCCUACACUACACAUGUACUGGAGUGGACACUACCU